CAUGGCUCAUCCAGUUACCACAAAAUUCCAGACCGCUUUACCUUUCGCACUUCUACCAAUUUCACCCAGUCUUGCUGCCCUUCAUGCUUCUCGAGCGCGUUCUCUCUACCCAGAAGAAUCGGAUUCUUUAUCCACCAUGAAUUGUAUGCGGUGCGGUUCAUAUCUGUUGGCCGCCGGUGGCUCUGUAGAACUCCGCAGACCAAGAAAACGGAGAAAGGUUGCCGACAAGAAAUCAAACGCUGUCAAGAUUACUUGUCAUCGCUGUGGCUUUAUUUCCUAUACUUCGGUUGAUAGGAGAGAGGCAUCUCCUCAAUCAAAGCUUACCACUGAAGCCGAACUAUCACUACCAUCGCCGAUCCCAUCAGUACCCGUUUCAUGUCAAUCAGAACGCAAACCAAAAAAUGACUUGGUACCGUCUUUGUCACGUUCCUCCGCGCCCGUCGGUUUAUCUUCUGUGGCACAUUUGACACGCGGAACUGCAUCUGACCUGCACACAAAGCCCAAGAAGAAGACAACGGUGUUGCAGGAGAUGCUGGCUCGUAAUCGAGAGAAAGAGGCUGAAAAAACAAAAUCCCAGCAAAAAUUACCACCAAAUGGCCUUGCAUCGUUCCUGAGCUCACUACAAUGAUAAAUAGCGGAUGUGUAUCUCUUCCUUCAUGCUCAGGCUUGAGCACACUUGGAAUGAAGCGGCUAGGCAAGGAGAUGCAGAAGAUUGCUCCUCUGAUGGGCUAGACUAUUUGGGAGAAGUUUGAUAGGUUGCAUCCAGGGGAUACGUCUACAGACUUAGAACAUCUGCAAGCAACCCUCACGCGUGUAACAAACCCUUGUUGUUGCCCAAGCUUACUAGGCGUACCUUACAUUUCAGAGCCGCCACAUUUAAUCAUGGUUCUGGUAUUUAUGACCUGGGAGCACAUGUGUUAUCGAUAUCAAGACAUCUAACAUGUCUUGUCGCAGGCUCCA